AUGGCCGACCAAACUACUUGUUUCCUCAUCCUCCGUUUUCUGGCACUGCUUCUCAUGUCUAGUUUAAGUACUGAUGCUAAAAUUCUCAACAUUACCACAGAUCAAUUUGCUCUUCUUGCCUUGAAAGCUCAUAUUUCUUAUGACCCUUACCAUAUUCUGACAACAAAUUGGUCCUCCAGUACUUCAGUUUGCAAUUGGGUCGGUGUCACCUGUGGUUCCAGACAUCAUCGGGUUACAGCCUUGAACCUUUCUAACAAUGGUCUUGUAGGAACCAUUCCUCCGCACAUAGGAAACCUUUCAUUUCUUGUCAACCUAAGCAUCUCGAACAAUAAUUUUCAUGGCUCACUGCCAAACGAAUUGUCUCAUCUUUAUCGCUUGGAACUCUUGCAUUUCAGACACAAUGAAUUCAGUGGAGAAAUCCCAUCAUCUCUAUUUAACAGUACAUCUUCAUUGCAACAAAUUGUACUUCAAGAUAAUCAGCUUUGGGGCUCCAUACCAUCCUCUAUCUUCAAGAUGUCAACCUUGAAACUAAUUUCUCUCGCAGAAAACAAGUUUUCAGGUCCAAUGCCCUCCAUUUUCUUCAACAUGUCUUCACUGCAACACAUUGAUCUCAGCAAUAAUACACGAUCAGGUACACUACCACCGGAAGUAGGGAACUUAACCAUGCUUAUCCAGUUAUACCUUGCCAAUAACCAUUUCGAAGGUAGUCUCCCACCCUCUUUGUUCAAGUGCAAACAGCUGCAAUAUUUAAGCUUGUGGUCUAAUAAUUUCAAAGGAAAACUAUCACCCGAAAUAGGGAACUUAACCAAGCUCACAUUUUUAAGUCUACCCUACAACAACUGCGAAGGUGCAAUACCAAGUGAAAUUGGUAAUUUGCAUAACCUGGAGAAUUUCGAUUUGGGAAUUAACAAUUUUGUUGGCACAAUUCCACUGGAUAUAUUCAAUAUCUCAACAUUACAAUACUUCGGCCUAUUUGGAAAUCACCUCUUAGACACUCUUCCAUCAGUCAAUCAAUUAGAGGGCUCCAUUCCUAUAUCUUUUGGUGGAUUAGUAAGCUUGGAGGUAUUAGAUCUUGUUGGUAACAACUUAUCUAGAGAGAUACCCAAGUCCUUAGAAGUUCUACGGUACCUCAAAUAUCUAAAUGUCUCCUACAAUAAACUACGAGGAGAAAUUCCAACAAAAGGACUAUUUGUUAACUUCCCAGCUGAAUCAUUCAUGUCAAAUGAUGCACUUUGUGGUGUGAUUAGACUGAAUGUUCCUCCAUGCAAAGAAGCUUCUCUUGGACCAAAAAAGAGGCUUAAUAUAAUGAUUGAUGUGGCAGCGGCACUUGAAUACCUUCAUCUUGGUUAUUCAACACCUAUUGUUUAUUGUGAUUUGAAGCCGAGCGUUGUCUUAUUAGAUGGAGAUAAGGUUGGACAUGUUGCUGAUUUUGGCAUCGCCAAACUCCUAAGUGAUGGAAUUUCUCUCACGCAAACAAUGACCAUGGCUACAAUUGGGUAUAUGGCACCAGAGUAUGGAUAUGAAGGAAUUGUUUCUACAAGAGGUGAUGUGUAUAGUUAUGGAAUCUUAUUGAUGGAAACUUUCACAAAAAAGAAGCCCAUUGCUGAUAUGUUUACCGGCGAAAUGAACUUAAAGCGUUUAGUAAAUGAAUCAUUUUCGCUUUCGAUACUUGAAGUUAUUGAUGCCAAUUUGCUGAGCAAUGAAAAUGACUAUGUUGCUAUGGAGACCUGCUUAUCAGCAACUAUGGGUUUGGCUUUGCAUUGUUGUGCAGAUUUUCCUAAACAGAGGAUCGAUAUAAAAAAUGUUUUAGUAAGACUUAACAAGAUCAAAUUAAAGUAUCUACAUGAUCAUGGAGGAAGGUAA